AUGUGGUCCUGGGACACGCAGCCAAAUUCGCACGCCCAACGCAAGUUCAUUGAACUUAUAUUGGAUCGAACUGGAAAGUAUCCCAACUGGGACCCACCCUCGGAGAUUCCAGAUCAUCUCAUCGAUGCAGGUAUCAACAUUGAGUCUGGCGAGCACCUUCCCGAAGAAUGUCCAGAAGAGCCUGAGUUCACAACCUGGUCCAAAAAUGUGAAACAAAUCGAAUUGAAUGUCGAUUCUCAAACAAAUCAAGUUAAGAAAGGCACAACUGGUGCCGUCUUGCUCAUGAACAAGCCUCGUACGAAACGCAUUACUUCAGACGCUGUGGGGAAGCUCGCGAAACUUCAGCUCUUUCAAUCCAUGCGCCUCGUUACCAAAGCCGUCUAUUGUCCUGCCUUCUCCAUGUACCUUUCAGAUACAAGGGAAGGCGGUGAAAGUUUCUCUAUAGCUCUUCUAGGUUCCGCGCCUAUUGCGGAGCCUGUGGGAACAGUUGAUUCCAUGGCUACUAUGAGAUGGUGGAGUGACACACAAACUGGAUUAACACGCAACGGAUGCAAGACAGAGCAUUGCUACUCCCCUUUAUAUGAACUUUUGCAUGUGAGGCACCCUCGUAACAGGCGAGCGACGCCAUCACCAAUACGCACAAGUGAAAUGUUAUGGAUAGCCUCUCCCGUCCCGUGGGCGCCUCUUCGUGAGGAUGGCACAGAGGUGCCGAUAUACAUCCAAUUGACGAUUUCUUCCACAAAAGAAUUCGGAUUCCAGCGACUCUGA